AUGCAAUAUUCCUUUAGACAAGCUAAUUUGGAAGAUUUAGCUUCAAGCUGGAAAAUAUUAGAAGAUGCUAUUCGUCGUCGAAAAGAUGAUGGAAGUGACCAAUGGCAAGAUGGAUAUCCAAAUCCAUCAGUGAUAAAAGAAGAUAUAGAGAAGGAAAUUGCAUAUGUAUUAACGUAUAGUAAGGACGUUGUGGGAUAUUGUACUAUAUCAAUUGAUGAAGAACCUGCUUAUGCAAACCUUGAAGGUAAGUGGUUAUCUGAGGGUAGUUUUGUUGUGUGUCAUCGUCUUGCUAUUUCUGAAAGCUUUUUGGGACAAGGUUUAGCACAAAAAAUGUUAAGUUUUGUAGAAGAGAACGCACUUUCGAAUCAAAUUUAUAGUGUUAAGGCUGAUACAAACUUUGAUAACUUUGGUAUGCUUAAAAUUUUUGAUAAAUUAGGCUAUAAAUAUUGUGGUGAAGUUUUUCUUAGAGGAGCAAAAAGAAAAGCUUUUGAAAAAGUAUUAAAUAAAAGUUAG